AUGUACCGAAACAGACAACUUUUGAAGCCAAACACAGAAGGAGGAUUCUGUCACCACGCUGUCCUCCAUCAAGCAGAACCCUGUGGGACUGAUGAAUGCAGAUCCCCUGCACCAAACGAUUGUGUUUUUGAACAUUGGGGACAGUGGUCUACCUGCGAUGCACCUUGCGGAAAGGGCACCCGUGAGCGAACGAGAAAGGUUGCAGUCUUUGCGACGGGUGAUGGCCGUGGUUGCUUCAUCCUUGGAGUGGUGGGACUGGUCGGUUUGCUCAGCAUCCUGCGAUGGAGGGACCAAGCGCAGGAUCCUGAGUCCACAUGGUUCACAUUGAAUGAGUUUCAAGAGACGCUCGUAACUCUGUAUUUGUACCGGCCGGCCAAGCCUCUUUCUCUGGCCUUCAUUGUUGGGUCGGAGAUGCUGGUGUCAAGCAAGAACGCCGUGCUACGUUUUGCUCACGUGCAGCGUUCGAAGAUAAUCCAAGUACUAGAUAAUGCAAUCUCUGCUCAAGCAUCUCUGGGAAAACGGCGCGCUCACGGUCGGCAAAGACCUUUUGAUUGGCGCGCUCCACGCUGGGGUGCGACAGGGCUUGACAUUGGUGCAGCUAUUCAUGCUUUUCUGCGUCGUGCGUUCAAAGGAAAAGAACAGCUGGGUUACUUUCUGCCAGACUUGUUGCCCGAAAGGUGUACGCUGCAGUCUGCUACUGGCUUCGCCAGUAGGCCUAUGUCGCUUGGCCGCUUUGGCAGACUGAGCCAGCAUCUUUUUCAGCGUGCUCCCUUCAAUUUGUCAAGCACAGAAGCGGCCGACCUAACAUCAUAUUCUGCAAGAAGAGUACUUCCAACGCUCUCGGAGUUGUGCCGACUAGAUUUGCGCGAAAUGUUGCUCGUGGGCGACUGGAAGGGCGCACGUGGGGAGGCUGCUGAUCUCAAUAUGCCGUUGCGCUAUCCCGACCAAAAGCUGCGCGCCAGCCUUUGCAUCAACGCUGAACUGGUGUGCGUCGUGCGGAGCGUGUUGAACUCUGACGUGCAGACUAGACCAGUUUCGGCCAUGGCGUCGGAAGAGCUGAAAGUUUUGUUGACUCGCAAUGGGGUGCACGCAGACGCAACGCGAAUUAAUUCUACUAUCCUCCAGCACAGAAGCCAAAAAGACAAUGUUGGGCAACUGGCUCGCCUGAAGCAGGCGCGGAAAGAGGCUACCGGCAUCAACGAUACAAGGCUCAUACGUCUUAGUCAAGGACCUGCUGAGGAAUCCAUCGAUGAGCCCUUAGAUCCGGAGAGAAGAAAAUCCAAGCACGCAAUCUUUCAGAGCUUCUAUCAGUGGACGUUGAAGUCUAGAGAGAUGGUUUGCGAUAGCCUCUUCGGCCGCAUUGUGCGCGAGUUUGAAUCAGGUCAACCUACAAUGUUCGCAGUGCUCCGCACUCGCAGCCUUGCUUCGUCGCAGCGUUCUCAGCCCAGCAAGAAACACCGCGUUACGGACAAUGUGCAGCUCAGCGUGGGCACUCCCGACGAUGACAUCUCGCCUUUAGAGGAUCAAGGCAAGCUUCGCGCCUAUUUUGCGUGCUUCCGAACCUUGGGCGCAGGCUGGCCUGUGGCGGGGUGUUAUGACGUCCAAUACAAGGCCUUGCUCCAUGCGUUGGAAGAGGAAUCGGAUGUGUGGGCAGUCAAACCUGCCACAGGUACUUCCCUUCCCUCCGGAGUGCAGAUUGCAAGCGUUGGAAUGACGCUCGCGGUUGCCCCGGCAGCAUAUGUGCAAGUCCAUCCCGCAGACGAGCAUGAUCCGAGUAGGCGUGGCCGGGUGACGGGUGACCCGCUUUCAGAAAGCAGCGUUAUCAUGACUGGGGGGCUUUGCGCUUUGCCUGUUGCAGCUGCAUGCUGCCCGGAUAGACCUUGGGUACCACCAAAGUUGAUCUGCUUCAGUGCGUUGGAAGAGGAUGAAGAGCUGCUUGCAGCUACAGCGUUUCCUGCAGGUCACAACUUUGGCUCUUUGCAAGACAUUGGUCGUGAAGAACUUGAAGCCAUUGUUCAGACGCAUCCAGAUUGUUUGUUCGUUGUUGCCUAUGCUGGGUGUCAAAUGCCGGUUUCUAUUGCUCAGCCGCUGGUGCGCAUCCUCCUUCCCUGUCUGCUCGACUUGACGCCUUCUGCCGUUCGUUGGAUCUUGACAGGCUUCGCUGAUGGAGAAGUGCUUUCCACGAGCUGGAAACUUUGUUGGGUUACGGCGUCCAUCACACAGCAGCUCCGUUGCAGCGUCCUGGCGAUAGUGGGGGCGGAAGAUUUCCUGUUGAAAGCAGACGAAAUUUAUUGCUUGGCCGUACUGCCCCUGCGUCCGUUGCGAGCCUGCUUCUACAAGGCUUCCCUGCGGUUGGCCUCGGGCAGCUGCCGGAACCGCGAGGAUGGGUUCGCAGUGACUCGCCGCCGCUUGCUGCCAUAUGGGUUGCCGCCAACCUUGCGUGCCCUGCUUGCUGAAUCGCUUCAUUCCCCGCUGGCUUCGCAAGCGGCUGUUGCCGAUGCCUUGGACUUUGCUAUCAGGAUGGUUGUUGAGCGAGGCCCCGGGGUUCGGGCCUGGCGGCAGCGUCAGUGGCGCUUGAUUCAAAGAAGUCUCCGACAACUCUCCCCCUUAGCAACUUUCUUCGAAGGGCAACGCGCUGCUUCUGCUCAACGAGUUGGAGUUGGAGCUCAUCUAAUUGUGGGCGAGCUCCCAAACUUCGGCAUCUAUCGCGCUAAGCAGCAACAUACUCCUCCGCAGGAUGCAUGUUUCAACACCGACCGUCAGUGGUUGGAGGAGUUGCUACAGAGCAGACCUCCUCCCCAGCAUGAAGCCCAACUUGUUUUCGACAAGUCGCAGCAGGAACGAAUCCACACCGCUUCUGUCGACAUGGGCUUGGCCAUUUGCCAACGGUUCAUGGACCUCAUUCAGCAGCCUUUAGCCGGAAAUUUGGCCUUCCAAGCAGCUACCAAGGACAUGAAGGGAGCUUAUCGGUACCCAGCUUCCAUGGUAUCCAUCGCAAGACGUUGGUUAGCCAUUCCCGUCAUCAACUUCUUUGACGAUUUCAAAAUCACUGAGCCUGUUUUCGCCAAAGGGUCAGGUAGUGGCAACUCUGCAGCUGUCUCACAGCAGCUUUUUCAUAGUUUGCAGUUCCACCAUGCUCUUCUGCAGUUGAAACCAUACCGGGAGGUCACUUUGACACCGGAUGGCAAGGCCUUUGGGCCACUAGUGGCCAUCCACUUCCACAAAGCGGGAAAAUCCGACGACAUUUUCUUCAUUGACAACUUGGGAGUACUCGCUGCAAUGAUUGUAGGUAGCAUUGCGCUCCGAGAGCAUCAGUUCCCAGCUUGGCCGCAGGAUGUCAUGCGUGUCGAGAGCGGAAUGUGGCAGUUGCGCCGCAGCAUGGUGGAAGGUGAAUGGAGCGAGUGGAGUGGGUGGACAGACUGUUCCGCAACCUGUGGCACGGCUUACAAGUCCAGACGCCGCGAUGUAGCGGUCCAGCCUAGCCAUUGUGGGAAGCCAGCGGUCGGUCUCCGUGAGGAGUACAAGGCGUGUAUUGACAUGCCCGAAUGCAACAUCGUACAAGACUGCAUCAUGGGUCAAUGGAAUCAUUGGUCACAGUGCAGCUGUAGUUGCUUUGGCAUUCGAGAGCGGAACCGCGUGAUCGAGCGUUUUGCCACAGCAGGUGGCGAGUCUUGCAACGGGACUGUCAAGGAGGUCGUGCCCUGCAAUCCUGGCAUUGGACGAGAACCCUCGGACCAAUGCGGCCGCAACAGACGGCGACAAGAUUGCGUAAUGUCCGACUGGGAGCAAUGGGGCAAGUGUUCAGCAACUUGCGGAGGAGGACAGACAGAGCGCUCUCGACACAUCGUGUUGGCAUCAGCGAACGGAGGAACGCCUUGCAGUGGCGAGCUGGCGGAGAUAGAGCGGCGUGGAGUCACUGGGGAAGUUGCUCCAAAUGCGGUGGUCAGAGGUUUCGAUUUCGCAACAUCCAGCAGAUGCCAAAUCAUUGCGGAAGGCCUGAGUGCUGUUUGUCAGUACAACUGCGUUGUGUCAGAGUCUUGUGAUAAGUGCGGGACGACCAGCAUGACCCGCAAUCGGGCCUUGGGCUUGACUGGCUACUCUAACGAUUUCCUCUUCAUGGCAUCGGAUGAGGCGUCCUGCGCUGGGACUCAGCUCAAUGUCAGUGCUUGUCCAACGACAGAAAAGUGUCAGAAGUGCGUUCCAGAAAACUGCGUCUUCGCAGCUUGGAGCGACUGGCAUGACCCGACAUGCUUGGGCUUGUGUGAACGGCAUCGUGUCAUCAGCCAGCACAACAACAACUGUGGUACAGGAUGUCAAGGACCUACGCUUGAAACUAAGACUUGUCCCGUGGUCUGCCAAAAGGAGCAGGAUUGCCAGUUUGGCGAGUGGUCUGCAUGGGAAGGGAGAAAGCGUUGCUACGUGCCUCAGAUUCCGCGGGCUGGUCCUCUCUUGGAGAUAGAGCCUUGUCCAGGGGCAGAUGAGUCAUGCCGGAGCUCUGGGAAGGAGGAUUGCCAAUGGGCGUCCUGGGCGCAGUGGUCCCAUUGUGGCGUAGAUGGGCAGAUGUCGCGCAAACGAACCAUUGCACGGCUGCCUUCUGUAUUUGGAGAGCCAUGUACCGGACCUCUCUUUGAAACCGCUUCGUGCGACAGCGAAAGAGUGGACUGCGACGUCUCCCCAUGGUCCGCAUGGGAUGCAUGUGACAGAUCAUGCGAUGGUGGGCAGAUGCACCGCCACCGCGAGGUGCAUCGUUAUCCGUCAGGCGGUGGUGCUGACUGUCCGAGCAUUCUGAUUGAGACACGAGGCUGCAACAGCCAAUCUUGCAGUGGACACGACUGCCGUGUUUCAGAAUGGGAGUCUUGGGGCUUUUGCUCCACGACCUGUGGGGUCGGCCAGCGCACACGUCGCAGACAAAUCCUGGGCCUUCGUGGCAUUGACGGACACGGCUGCUACGAAGCCCUAGGAGAGGUUCAGGCAUGUUCCAACGAAGUGGAGUGCGAAGAGAGGGACUGUGUUUGGGGCGAGUGGGCCGCAUGGAGCUACUGUUCCCGCUCCUGCGAUGGUGGGAUUCGCUCUCGGAAGCGACAGAUCCUGAGGGUUCCUUCGAAGCAUGGCAGGCAGUGCGAUGCUGAGAUCAAAGAGACAGUCCAGCCCUGCAAUACCCACACGUGCACCACAGCGGAAUGCAGUGAUGGAUUGUGGAGUCACUGGUCAGACUGGUCACCCUGCUCGGUAUCCUGUGACAGAGGAACGACUUUCAGAACGCGACACGUGGCGAAGACUGCCAGCGAAUGUGGUUCCUUCCCCGCCGGACUCAGCAGUGAAACUCGCAUCUGCGAAGUAAGUGCUCCAUGCGUUCCGGACAGAGACUGCGUCUUCGGAGAGUGGAGUGCAUGGGGUCCUUGCAGCGCGCAUUGUGAUGGAACGCAGGAACGGUCCCGGGCUGUGAAGCAUUUUGGUCUCGGACAUGGGAGCUGGUGCAGUGGGGCAACAAAAGAGCUGCGUCCUUGCAAUCCGAAGCUCGGCCAUGACCGCCCGGCGGGCUGUCAAGAAGACCACCCAGUGGACUGCAUUGUGGGUGAGUGGGCUCACUGGAGCAGGUGUACAGCAGUUUGUGACGGGGGAGUCCAAAGACGGACGCGGGUCGUUGUGCAGCGUGCUUCUCACGGAGGGCGUGGUUGCCUUUCAGCACUGUCAGAGGUUCAGGAAUGCAAUCGCCACCUCUGCAGUGGUGGAAACAUGCCUGUAGACUGCGAAGUUGGGCAAUGGCAAGAGUGGGGUUUGUGUAGCAAGUGUGAUGGAGAAAUAACUCGCUUCCGGACCAUCUUAAGAUAUGCUUCAAACGGCGGCAGGCCCUGCGACCACAUGGCCGUUCGGGAGGUUGGCAAGUGUCCCCGAGCAUGCAGCAGCAACUUGUAUUGCACCUGGGCUGGAUGGCAGGAUUGGGGUGAAUGCAGCAAGACUUGCGGCAGAGGGGGGAAGCGCCGUCGACGCAGAUAUUUGCACUUGUCACACGAUGCCGGUGCCAAGCUUUUGCCCGGAGGUCCAGGUGCUCCUGGUCAAGGCGGGGUCCCACCUGGACCCGGCGUGUCGAACGGUGGCUAUCCGACUCUGGAGGAGUUCACAACUCGGGCCAGCACGACAACAAUUGUGCCACCUGCUCCACUGCCCAUGCAGGUCCCAAUGCCAACUUUGCCAGGCAUGACGGUCUCAAGCGUUUCCGCAGAAUAUGAAGUCAUGUUCCAGAGAUCAAAGGACGUGGACAAGUGCGUCCUUCAUGACAAUGCUGUUUGCAUGUGCACAUUUGGCAACAUGCAGGAGAUGGAAUCCACUCACGUGAAAGACCUCCUGCUCUCAUUUGCUGGUGGUUUUCUGAGUCCGGACCUUGAUGAUCAUCAGAGCUUCAACGAGUGCAUGAAGCUGAGCCAGAUCAAGGAGUUGGUGCAGGCAGAUCACUUGGGCGGAGCGCUGUCUUGGCAACUGGUCUCAGCCGGGCAGGAGCUGCCGCUGGCUUUUACCUCUCAGAAGCCUGUGGCCUCUCUGGCGGAGGAUGCCAACUCUGCUCCAGUGUACGAGUGGGGCUGUCCCUUUCAGGGAGAAUGGACGGAGAACAGAUAUGAAAGCGGUCCUGGUGACGACCAGUGCACUGAUGAAGGAGACUGCAUUUGUAUCGCGAGGGGUUCUCCGAACAUGCACACCGAGCUCGAAAGUGGCCAUGAAAAGAUUAUCGGGCGAUUUGAAACAGAGUCCGGCAAAGCAAAUCUGGGCCACGAGCCGCAGUUAAUCAAUGUCAUUCCACAUUAUUUUCUGCGAACAAAAGAUGGUGCUCCGUUCGACAUUGAGAAUCCGCAUUCCGGCCUUGGUGUUGUGAAAGAGUUCGAUAGAGAAGAGUGGCUCCUGAAGUACAAGGAAGAGGCUCCAAAGAUUCAGGGUGCGCUUGACAAGCUUCGGGCAGCAAUUGAUGCACAAUACCGAAGCAAGGUUCAAGACGGAGGGCCGUUCGUUUGUGACGGCACUCAAGCACCAGGAGAAGAGCCAUCCCUGACUAAAGCCGAGACGCAACUGGGUCUCAUGCGCGUCCGCCGUUUCCAAGUCCUUGCAGCUGACUGUGUCAACAUGCAGGAUACUGCUGCAAAGCUUGCAGGCAGGCCUGAGGAGGAAUCCUUCGCUCCUUCUGGAAAGACAGAGGGAGGCGAUGAGCUGAAGUGCUACAGGAAGAAGGACUCAGCCGAAUGCCAGCAGCUGAAUUGCUACCGUGGAUUCGAAGACCAGGGAUUUCUGGAUCGGCUGCAGCUAUACAAGUCGCAGCUUGACUCCUGCAGCCCUGAGGAGGACACCAAAACGGAGAGGGAAGCAGCUGCUGGAACGGAUGGUGCAGAAGGACAGGCCGAAGCAACCAAAGAGUUGACGAAGCAAGCUGAAGCAACCAAAGAGCUGACCCCAGAAGAGUCUGCGGAAGGUAAAGAAACAGAAGAAUCGACCGGAGGAAAAGAAACAGAAGAACUUGCGGAAGGCAAAGAGCAGUCCAUGGAAUGCGCGCUGCUUGGAGCUGUUUUUGGCCGUGCCAGUCACGUUGCCCGAACAGAGAAGGCUGAAAGAAGAUCCCGGCAAGCAGAAUUCCUGUGA